UGAGUCUCGAGUUUCAUGAUACUGGUUUGCUUGAAGCUUUUACCGUAGCAGAGACUAUUCAACGAGAGAGUUGUUGGGAGAGUCGACGACGAACCGAAGAAAGAGUCUGUCAGCGGAAAAAACAAAAUACCUGUACGAUAGACCAGAGACGAGACAAGUUGGGCAGAACAAGUUAUAGUAGGUUGCCGGCGAAAGAGCGGGAAAACCCCGAUACCUGCGAUAUAAUACAGAGAAAGGUUCCCGUUCUGCUGUAUUUCAAGUUUCAUGACUAUCUCUUUAAACUUCUCUUGAUUGGCGACUCCGGCGUAGGAAAAUCGUGCUUGUUGCUUCGAUUCGCAGAUGAUACGUAUACGGAGAGUUAUAUCAGCACUAUUGGUGUCGAUUUUAAAAUUCGUACGAUCGAACUGGAAGGCAAGACUGUAAAACUACAGAUCUGGGAUACCGCAGGACAGGAACGCUUCCGCACGAUUACUUCUUCCUACUAUCGCGGUGCUCAUGGAAUUAUUGUAGUUUACGACGUGACUGACCAAGACACAUUCGCUAAUGUCAAACAAUGGCUGCAAGAAAUCGAUCGUUAUGCUUGUGAGGGUGUUAAUAAGCUGUUGGUCGGAAAUAAGAGCGAUUUGGCCAGUAAGAAAGUAGUUGAAUAUGCCGCCGCCAAGGAAUAUGCGGACCAAUUGAGUAUUCCAUUCUUGGAAACAUCAGCUAAGAAUGCGACUAACGUCGAACAGGCAUUUUUGACGAUGGCCAAACAGAUUAAAGACAGAAUGGGCACGACAAACAUCCAACCAGGAUCGCAAAAACAAUCCGUCAAAGUUGGGCCUGGGGCUUCUGUAGCUCAACAGCAAGGCGGCGGUUGCUGUUAA